ACCGGUUUUGCGAAACGAAGAUGGUGGGAACGAAUGGUACCGAAUUAAGCGAGCAUGAAGCCGAGCUGUACGAUCGGCAGAUUCGUCUGUGGGGUUUGGAUUCGCAAAAGCGGCUUCGUGGGGCGCGCAUUCUGAUCGCCGGUCUGAACGGGUUGGCAGCAGAAAUCGUGAAAAACAUCGUACUGACCGGUGUUAAGUCGGUCACACUGCUCGAUGAUGCGCUGGUCACCCCGACGGAAUUUUGCUCGCAAUUCUUGGCCCCGCCAACCUCGGUCGGCAGUAAUCGUGCCGAGGCAUCGCUCGCCCGUGCCCAGAACCUCAAUCCGAUGGUAGAACUGAAGGCCGAUCCCGCCUCGCUGGCAUCGAAACCGGACGAGUUCUUCCGCAACUUUGACGUGGUCUGCGUGAUCGGUGCCCCGACCGCGGAACAGCUGCGCGUGAACCGUGCUUGCCGUGAGGCGAAUGUGAAAUUCUUUACCGCCGACCUCUGGGGAAUGUUCGGGUUCAGUUUUGCCGACUUGCAGGAGCACGAGUUCGCCGAGGACAUCAGUAAGCACAAGGUGAUCUCGAAGCCGGGAGAGCGAACGAAAUCCGAAAUCGUCACCACGACGGUGAAGCGCACGCUGCACUUCCCACCAUACCAAGCGCUGCUGGAUUUCGAUUACCGCGACGCCACGUUCCUGGGGAAGUUGAAGCGUACCGGUCCGGCCCUCCCGCUGCUGCGCGUUCUGCAAACGUUCCGCGACGAGGAGAAACGGGAUCCGGAUUAUCGGCGACGUAGCGAGGAUUACACGAAGUUGCAGCAGCUGCGCGACACUCUGGCACCGGAACUCGUUCCCGACGAUGCGUUCGUUCACGUGUUUGCGCAGAUUUCUCCGGCGGCCGCCAUCGUCGGAGGGGCCGUAGCGCACGAGAUCAUCAAAGUGGUAUCGCAGAAGGAAGCACCACAUCGCAAUGUGUUCCUGUUCGAUCCCGAACGGUGCUGCGGUUUCGUGGAACUGGUUGGGGCCACCGAGUGA